CGAACCCGGAAAUGUAUGAAUAAUGUUUUGUUUUCAAUAAGUCAAGCAGCUAUCAAAAGUUAUAUUAAAUCUAGAUUUUGAUAAAUAUGCAAAGAUGUUGACUACUUACACAGCAGUCAUCAGUUGUAUCGUCCCACUGAUCCUUUGCUUCAACAAAUCCCUGGAUGAACAUUGCAUUGCGCAGAUGCCGGCCGUUCAAGACAAAACUCUGGGGAGAAUUGGAUACAAACCUUUGAUCGUCAUUUGCAGCAACAUUGACAAGUUCUCCAACUGUAUAAUGGAAAACAGAACCCAGAAACUCUGGGGAGUUCAAAUAGAACCGUUUGAGAAGCAGUUUCCUGGUACAUUUGACUUGUUCAGAGCAGGAUAUAUGUUCUGUAGUGAAACAUUCCCGAAAAAUGCAUGGAAAGUUAAGUCCAUCACAGAAGAAGAUACCUUACAUUGUGAACAAAAUGUUGAUGUUGAAAAAUGUCGCACAGAGAGCCUCGCCGGACCCUUGAAGGAACUGCUGAGAACACAAGUCCCUUUCGAGAUCUUUGAGCUAUCUUGUAUAGCUUCCUACAAGUUCUACAAAUGUCUACGAGAGCAGUAUACCAGAUGUAAUGCUGACAUGGACUUUUUUUUCAUUUACCAUUUCGCACGGCUUGGUGUGGAAUGUAUCUAUCCACAAAACGAGUUCAACCCAGUGCUGAUGGAAGAAGUGUGUACAGGGAGCUCAAAAAGCCAAGGAUUCGCCCAAGGGUUCUCACAUCAGCCCAAUUCCAGGGCCAUGUUUACUACACUUUUGUUAAUCGCUGUUUACUUCUUAGAAAAGUUGAGAUGACUGGACAGAGUGUUGUGGUAUUGUGUCUAGGCUGUAAAGAGAUGAACCAAAACGUCACGUGACUUCAUAUGUUGUGGAGAUUUUGUUUCCUAAAUAAUAUUUAUAUUUGAAUAUUUCCUUUUCUUUUGGUAGUGAUAGAGAGAAAUAAAGUGGAGUCUGCUAGUUGAGCUGUUGCAGUGACAUGUGACAAUAAAGACAGUUGACCGCAAUUUAGUUAUAUGAAUAAUAUAUAUAUAUAUAAAGAUCGCUGAAGCCGAGUCUGACAAAUAUAUAAAGCUCGACUAAAAAUAUUAACAUUUUGUAAUUAUUUAUUUACAAUUGCUUAAUUCGGAUUGCAAAUUCUUGGUACUAGGUGGGUAGGUAGGUGGGCGCGAUUUUCGGGUGGGGGGAUGGGGCGGGGACAAAAUCAUUCUUUUUUUUUAAUUUAACAUUCAUUAGUAAUUAGGAGAAAAAUAAUCAUUGUGUAAGUUAUAGAAAAAAAGAAAUUGUCUUUUUUUAAGCAUGUGUUUAAAUUUUUCUUGUUACAAAUGUAGCUUACUAAAAAAAAUUAUUUUUCUGUUGAAAAUGUCUGUUGAUGAAAAUAAAAGUCCAACAGUUCCGGUCAAUGAGUUGUAAUACAGACUAAGUCUGUCUGAUUAAUGUCUUCAUAGAAAUUCAUUCCAGAAUGAUAAAUAAACAUUGUUUUAAAA